AUGGGCGACGAAAAAGCCUGUUGGUCAGAUGUGCCGGGACGACAGGGACGACUUGGGCGGUGUUUGAAAUCUGCCCCGAGCUCCGGAGAUGAUGCGAAAUCCACACCGCGAAAGAAGAGGACGCGCACGGCCGUCCCGGCAGUUCCUGCCGCGGUGUCGCGCUUCCGCCAAAUGCUGCCCUCAGCACACGCCUUGCUACGGUGGCCCUUGUUCGUGGUCGCCUGUUUGGUCAUCACUGUGGUGCUGGUGCUGUACUUCGCCAUCCGCGCCGCCAUCCACGCCUCCGAGUGGCUCUGCGCGCCGGCCUCCACGCGCCGCGCACGGAGUUGGAUGCUGCGCGCUGCCACGGCCAGGGAGUACAAGGCAGCGGCACAAGAGAUGGACCGGGCCAACAACUUGGAGGAUUGGAAGGGUCGUCCCCAAAGUCGCUAUUACGCUUGGGAGGUGCUGUCCUCUGGACAUGUGGAGCUGACGGAGCUGCUGGAACGACAGGACUGGCCCAAGCUGCUACGAUCAUUGCAGAAAUGUCUCCAGGACGUCAAUUACGCGGGGCAUUUGAAUGAAGCGCUGUAUGCAAAGAGCUUUACUGGAACGAAGCACUUGAUUGAAGAUUAUUGUGACUCAGUGGUGAAGUGCUUGAAGGAACUACGCCGCGAGGUGAAGCACCGGAAAGAUCAAUUGCAGGCAGAGAGUGACGCAGAGAAUGACGCGUUGUUGGCCCAAAGCCAGCGCUUCACUGAGCUUGCAGUGGUCACCUUUGGUCGUACGGCGCUGUGCCUCAGCGGCGGCGGUGGCAUGGCCUUCCAACACUUCGGUGUCAUCGAGGAAUUGCUGCGCCAGGGGCUGCUGCCCAAAAUCAUCAGCGGCACCUCCGGCGGCGCCGCCAUCGCGGCCUACGUCUGCUGCCGCACCGACGGAGAGCUGCUGGGCUCCGAGGCCGGCGCCGGCGGCGCCAAGUAUCCUUUGCGUUUGGACCCAGAUGAGGUGCAACCGUCCAUCACCCUAUGGGCCGGCAGUUGGUUGGAUCGGAUCAGGCACUACCUUCGACAUGGUUGCGUGUUUCCACGGGAGCCCAUCGAACGCUGGGCUGAAACUUGGGCCCUUGGAGAUACCACCUUUCUGGAAGCCUUUCGACGCACCGGACGUGUGCUCAACAUCACGGUGAGCACUGUGGCCGCUGACAAUGGCGAGCAAGUGCCCUUGUUGUUGAACUACCAGACCCAUCCGCAUGUCUUGAUUUGUUCCGCGGUGAUUUGUUCCGGCUCCAUGCCUGGGCUGCUGAAUCCCAGCAAGCUUUUGCAGAAAUGUCCGGAAACUGGUCUCAUUCGCGCUCAUUGUGAGAGGCAAACAUGCUAUGCGGAUGGUUCCAUCGACUUCGAUAUUCCAUCCUUGACCCUGGCGCAGGCCUUUGGCGUGCGAUAUACAGUGGCAGUGCAGGUGAACCCACAUGUCACACCUUUCAACUUCGCGCUGCAUGGUGAAGCAGGACGACCCAUCAGUUGGAGCUCGCCCUCGGGCCGCGGCCGCUGGCGCGGUGGCUUCAUUUUGUGCGCCUUGGAGGUUGUCUUGAAGGAGAGCUUCAGAUCAGCCUGGAAGGUGAUGGGCCUUCUUCAGCUCUUACCCCGCUACUUUGGAUGUAAGUGGGACCUGUUCUUUGCACAAGUCUAUGAGGGCUCCGUGACUCUAAGCACUGAUGAUGGAUAUUUCUGGAAAGCCUUCAAUGCCUUGGAGAAUCCCUCGCCCGAAGCCUUCAGAUAUUGGUGGCGUGAGGGCCGCUUGAUGGUAUGGCAGAAGAUGCCGUUGCUUGAGAAGAGGCUUCGGACUGAGCAAGCUUUGUUCCAAUUGGAGCACGAGUUAGAGGAGGAUCGACUCCCAGAGCCAUGUCAGGUUGGCCGUGCUUUGUCACUUCGCCGUCGUUCCAGCUGUUUGCAUCACAGCGUUUCGAGCCCUGUGCUGAUGGAAACCUAG